ACUCCGUAUUAAGUCAAUGGUAGGCGCGCAGUAAUGUUAAUAUUUUUGUAGACAUAAUGCACUUUUCAACAAGUUUACCUUAUAAAAGACGUCGGGUUGUUAAAUGCCAAAGUUCAAGUUAUUUUUUUUUCUUGGAAUUAAACAAUGUUUUCAAUAAAUUUUUUUAAAAAUGCUCUAAAAUGUAAGAGAUUUGUAAAUUUCCGUUUGAUUCGUAUGCGCAGUGAUCUAAAGGAAAUAACACACACAGGACAAAUAUGGGCAGAGGAUGACUACCGCAAUGUACGCUUUAUGAACGCUAAACGUUGGGUCAACAAAAACUGGGGCGUUAAAUUGGCUCAUCAAAUUGAAACUAAAAUAACUCCUAAACGUGUAGUAUAUUGUGAUGGCGAUGGUCCACUCGGUCAUCCAAGGGUCUACAUAUGUUUGGAUAAACCUACUAAGCAUUGGUGUCAUUAUUGUUUGAAAUCUUUUGUAAAAACUGAACAUGCGGCCGCGGUACUUGGGAAGACGCCUAAGAAGUAAAUAAAAAAUUUAUCUUGUAACGAAAUUAACCCUUUUUACAACCUAUCUAUUUGUCUGAUUAAUUUAUAAGUACUACUAAUACAAGAACUUUAUAUAUUCAUAUACAUACAUAGUUUUAUAUUUAGAGGAAAUAUACCCAGCAAAUA